AUGGAGAAACUCAAAGGCGAUGAAGAGAAAAAGCCGGCCGGUCUCCGACCGUCGUUCGAGCCGCCCGAAGGCGGAUGGGGAUGGGUAGUAUGCGUUGCUUCUUUCUGGACUAAUGGUACCCUGUUUGGAAUAAUGAAUUCGUUUGGUGUGUUACUCGUGGAAAUGUUACAAGAUCCCGAUUUGAAGAAGUAUGGUGCUGACGCAUUUACAGUCUCGUGGAUUGGUUCCUUAUCGAUAGGACUUACGUUUCUAUUGUCUCCUGUUGCCAGUGUCUUGACGGACAAAUUUGGAUGCCGAAAAACUGCCAUGGUUGGCGCUGUGAUAGCCUUUAUUGGGUGUAUUUCAAGCUCUUUCGCUAAAAGACCUGAAUAUUUAUUUAUUACCUAUGGGAUUCUAUUAGGUACCGGUGCUUCAUUUGCAUACACUCCUUCUUUGGUGAUUCUUGGUCAUUACUUCAAGAAACGUCUCGGCCUCGUUAAUGGAUUGGUCACCGCUGGCAGUGGUCUGUUCACGAUCGUUUUGCCGAUACUUAUGGGCGUUUUGGUCGAGGAAAUUGGAUUGUGGAACACUCUCCGCUUCAUAAGUGGAAUUGUUUUCAUGCUGAUACCGGCCAGUGCAACAUUUAGACCAAUCUUGCCGCCAGGGUUACAUCACGGUUCUGCAAGCGAUGUUGAACCGUCUUCUAGAUGUAUGAGAUGUCUUUCACGGUAUAUUAAUGUACACAUUUGGAGAAACAAGAAUUACAUUAUAUGGUGUACUGCUAUUCCAAUUGGAUUGUUUGGAUACUUCGUGCCUUUUGUGCAUUUGAUCAAUCAUCUCGAAAUGGUUCUACCAAACGCUAAUGGUGCCGUGUUGAUUGGCUGCUUGGGUGCUACCUCUCUGAUUGGUCGCCUAAUAUUUGGCAAAGUUGCUGAUAUUCCAAACGUCAGUCGAAUUGCUUUGCAACAAGUGUCCUUUCUAGUGAUAGGAGUGAUGUGUACAUUGAUACCGUUAGCUUCGUCUCAUUACGCAGCGAUCAUUGUUGCAGUUUUAGUAAUGGGAAUUUUUGACGGUUGUUUUGUCAGUUUGAUGGGUCCAAUUGCGUUUGAUAUCGUUGGUGCUGAAAACGCCUCGCAAGCCAUUGGAUUUAUACUCGGACUUAUGUCAGUGCCGCUCACACUGGGACCUCCCAUAGCUGGGUAUAUUUUUGAAAGCAGUGGGUCGUACAAUAUAGCGUUUAUUGUUGCUGGUGCGCCCCCUAUAAUUGGUGCUUGUAUAUUGUUCUUGGUGAAACCCGCUUCGCACAUCACCCAUAUGCCAACGUCAGAACCGCUGGAAUAUUUACAGUUCUCUCGAGAAGAUCUAUUGAACAUUGACUAUGAAACGACAAAACAAUGGGAGCUUCGACAUCAUCUCAGUCCAAGUGAGAGCAUGGAUCAGCUACAUCGUGAUCAGCUACCAAAUUACGUCAAAACACAUUUGCAUAACGAUAACGAGUUCCGUAAAGACUUUGCGCAAAAGUUAAUUGUCAAACUCAAUGGCCAUCUUCCGUCUGAUUCUGAUGUAGCAAACGAUACCGAUCGGCUAUUGGUGUUCGAUAGAGUCACAGUGGUGUGA